CGCUUCCGGCGUCGCCGUUGCCUGGUGACGGUUGGGGGCGGCUGCCGUUACGGGCGAGGCCCCGAGAGCUGGAGCGGCGCGGGCUCAGCCGGGCGGGCGCGACCCCGGAACAGCGGGUCGGGCCCGCGGCGCUGCCGGGGAAAUGAGUGACAGGAAAGCAGCAGGAAAAGCUGCAGCUCAGAAAGGUUCCAAACCAGCUUCACUGGUGAAGAAAUCAGGAACGGCAUCUAGAAAACCAGGUACGUUAAGCCAGCAAGCUGAGAGGAAAGGCACAGCUAAGGAAGAGAGCAGCUCCAAGCUCCCAAGGAAAUCCAGCAAUAAGCAGAAUGAGCCAGCCCUAAUACACAGCCCACAUAUAGAACUGAACUACAAAGAAAAGGCUGUGCUAACGUUGCAGUGUGCUUUCCGUCGCAUCCUGGCAUGUAGAGCAAGGGAGAAGCACCUUAAGGAGCGGAGAGAAUACACAGAGUUAAUGGAGCGCCUCCAGAGAGAGGCCUUCAUUGUGAUGGUGAAGAAAGAGCAGGAAGAAGCUGAACGGGAGAGAGAGAAAGAGGAAGAAAAAAAGAAGCAGCAGCGAGAAAUACAACAAAGGAAGAAACGGAUGCUGGAGGCGGCAUUUGAUGGGGAUGUGGAAGAGAUGAAGGCUGUGCUAAAGGAAGUGUCAGAUUUGGAUACUAAGAAUGGUGUGGGUACCGAUGAAAAAGGGAAGGCCAUGCGUCUCUCUAAUCACAUCAACAUGGUGGAGUGCACUGACGUCAAUGGGAACACCCCCCUUUCAGAGGCAGCAGGAGGUGGCCACCCCAACGCUAUCAAGCUGCUGAUAGAAAAUGGAGCCAAUCCCAACUGCAAGGGAGCUUUUGGCAGGACCCCUCUUUAUCGUGCUGCUUUUGGUGGUCACAUGGCUGCAGUGGAGACGCUUCUUCAAUAUGGAGCAGACCCCAGACUUUAUGCUGAUGAUGGCAACACGCCUGAACAAAUUGCUUCUUUGGACAGCUUGGUUGCCAUUCUGCACUCCUGGGACAUCAGCCUGACCGAGUUGAUGCUACAGAAGAUGGAGGCAGAACAGCAAAGAAGAGCCUUGCUGGAAAAGAAGCAGAAAGAAGCUGAGACUCACCGAAUGAACGAGGAGGUGGAGCAGCUGGCUAAAACGCAAGAGAGAUGUAACAAGGAGCUGCAGCAGGCCUACUGUGAACUGAACAGGAGAAUCACGGAGCAUGACAAGUGUCAGAGAAAGCAGAUGGUCAAUGCAGAGCUGACCCUGCAGGCAAUUGGUGAUGCAGAGAAGUUGGUGGAGACUCUACGUCUGGCCGCUGAGAAAGCAGAGGAGAAACUGUCCCUGGCCAGGCUUAGGUUGCGAGAACAGACUCAGGAAGGGGUGGGGGAUGAAUUCCAAGGGGUGAAGUGCUCCGUACAAGAGCUUGAUGAUGUGCUAUUGAAGGAUGUGGGAGGCAAAAUCCAUUCAGAUGGACGAUGGCCAUUAAUCAUUGAUCCAUCUGGGCAGGCUGCAACUUUCCUGCGGUAUCGAGACACAAAUUACUUGAAUACACUGAACCCAAACGAUAUGAACAUAGAGACCAUUCGACUGGCCUUGCUGGGAGCCCUCCGGUAUGGCAAGCCAGUGGUGUUUGACAUGAUGGAAGUGAACAUGUUUGAUGCCGUGAAGAGGCAGUUGGAGGGAAUAGAGUCUGGACUGGCAGAGGCAAUUCUGAGCAAGCAGAUACUGCAGAAUGAAAGAUGGAUUAUUCCAGGUAUAUUUUCAGGAGAUGUCGUACCUGCUUGGCUUCUCUUUCUGUCCGGAGAGGGAACAACCAAGAGAGAGCAAACAAAACCUUCCCCCUCCAGUUUUGAAAGUAUCUUUUUUCCUCAUUGGUCCUUCUAGUCAGGUGCCAACUAGGUUAUUUGACCUACUUAACCCCUUACAGGUAAGGCGAUUCAGUAUAGCUGUCAAGGAGGGGUUUUAUGCUACUCUUCUCUCUAUAUUUAUGACAUUCCCCUAAUAGCUUAUAGGAUGUAUUGUCAAUGUUCUGGGGAAUAUCAUGGUCCUGAUGUGUAGAAGGGGCUCUAUAAAUAUGUCAGACAAAAAGGAAUAAUCAGGGAUGGUGAGCUGGUAAUGGAAGAUGAUAGGGAAGCAGAGCUGCUCAAUGCCUUCUUUGCUUCAGUCUUCACACACAAAAAUAAUGUGCCCAGACAACCAACGAUGUUAUCAUAGACAAUAAAGGGGAAGGGAUGCAGAUCAGGAUAAGCAAAGAACAUGUCAGAGGUCUUUUGACUAGUUUGAAUGUAUUAUAUAGUCAGCAGGGCCUGAUGGUAUUCGCCCCAAGAUGCUGAAGGAAUUAACUGAAGAACUCUUGGAGCUGCUUGCAAUAAUAUUUGCAAAUUCUUCUUUGAGUGAUGUCCCCUUGGGUGCUCCACUGUAGGUGCAACAGCACCUUUGCAUCUGGAGUCAGAGAUCUUCCAUAGCAGUGCCCGUCAGACCUCACAUGCAUACCUCCCCUCUCUCGCGCUAUGCACGUGUCGUGUAUAUAUAGCGCUGUGCGGUCCGACCACCCUCAGUUCCCUCUCUACCACCUGCAGUCUGGAACAGAACACUUAGCAGAGCCCACAUUGUUAUUUAGAUAGUAUCUUACCUGUUUUUCUUCUCAUAGUUGUUAGUUCCUUACUUUCCCUUUUCUGUUUCUUCCUCCUAAAACAACAAAAAAGAAGUAUUAGUUCGUUCUCCUGUUUUCCGUCCUUCCCCUUAGGGAAGCUACAUCCUCAUCCUUAUGCCUGGUUCACCCGGGUUUAAGUGGUGUGUCUCGUGCAGAGCCGCCUUCUCUAUAACGGGCAGCAAUGCAAAGUGUAUCUGCUGCCUAGGAGUGGGACACGUUCCUCAGAAGUGUUCCCAUUGCCUGGGUUUGAAGCCGAGAGCCAGAAAGAACAUGGACCUUAAACUCAAAUUAAUUCUAGGACUGUUGAGUGAUUAAAAAAAUUAAUCACAAUUAAUCGUGCUGUUAAACAAUAAUAGAAUACCAUUUUUAUAAAUAUUUUUGGAUGUUUUCUACAUUUUCAAAUAUAUUG